AUGUCAUCAAAGUUAAGUGGGUUCCUUUUCGGAAAUGUUGAUGCGGAGGGACACUUGGAAGAUUCAGGACUUGGGGAGGAGCUUCGAGAUUCUCUUCAAAAAGGUUCAGAAGAAGGAGCAGUACUUAGUCAAAUAUUUUCAGUACAAUCGUUGGGAAUUGAAGAAAUGGGAGAAGAGGAAGCAGGUCAAAGUGAAAUGGGUGUUUCAACUCCCAUACAAUCACCAGAAGGAUUUAAUGUUCAACCUGUAGAAGAUGCGGUUGAUUAUUUUGAUACAAAUGAGGUUAUAGCGGACGAUCCAAUGUUUUCUGAUAAAUAUUAUCAACAAG